AUGAUUUUUCAAUACUAUUUUCUGGUAUUUUUUUUAAUUUCCUUUGUAUCUGGAAAAAAAAGAGCAGAAAAUCUUGUUUAUUUAACUGAAAAAAAGAAUUAUAAAAAUGUUUCAACUCCAGUUGUUAUUUGGCAUGGAAUGGGUGAUAGCUGUUGUAAUCCAAUUUCAAUGGGUAGAGUAAAAUCUAUGAUUCAAAAAGAAUUACCUGGAACAUAUGUUCACAGUUUGAUGCUUGGAUCUAAUAUUGCUACAGAUACUGAGCAUGGUUUUCUUGGAAAUAUGAAUGAUUUGGUUAAAGAGGCUUGUGAAAAAAUUAAAAAAGAUUCUUAUCUUAAAGAUGGAUAUAAUGCACUUGGAUUUUCUCAAGGAGGAUUAUUUAUUAGAGCUAUUGCACAAAGAUGCCCAUAUCCAAAGAUGAAAAAUCUUAUUUCUAUUGGUGGACCACAACAAGGAAUUUUUGGUUUUCCAUAUUGUACUGGUUCAACAAAAUUAUGUAGAAUAGUUAAAUACUUUCUUAAUUAUGGAGCUUAUGUAGGUUUAGUUCAAAAUUCAAUUGUACAGGCUCAAUAUUGGCAUGAUCCAAGACUUGAUGAUGAGUAUAGAGAAAAAAAUAUAUUUUUAGCUGAUCUUAAUAAUGAAAAAAUAAACAACACAACAUAUAAAGAUAAUUUAUUGAAGCUUGAAAAUAUGGUAUUAGUUAAAUUCUCUAGAGAUGAAAUGGUAGUACCAAAAGACAGUGAAUGGUUUGGAUUUUACGAUUCCAGUGUUAAAAAUAUAAUUUCUAUGGAGAAUACUACAUUAUAUAUUAAUGAUAGAAUAGGAUUAAAAGAAUUGUCAGAUUCUAAAAGAAUUCAUUUAUUAACAUGUGACGGUGGUCAUCUAGAAAUGUCGAAUGAUUUUUUUAUCAAAAAAAUUAUCUAUCCAUUUCUUAAGUAA